UCGAUUUAGUACCCACAAAGGCACCUAGAAGAAAAUGCAAAGGGGAAGAAGCCAUUUUCGUAUUUUCAGAAAAUAUCAAGGAGAUCUGAACCUUACCCAACGUUAUCAAGGCACCGCCUGUGCCCAUUAGUUUAAUAUGAAAAAAAUACCUCUACGUACUUCAAUUUGGCAUUCACGAUCUUGAAGACCUAAAGAAAACCCGGGGAAAAACCAGUGCCUUACUGGACUUAUUCGAGUGAUUUAAUUGGUAAAAUUUUGAGGAAAAUGAAGACCGAGAAAUCUCCGAAGAAGACCAAAGGGAAAGAGAGCAAGAUUGGAGAGAAAAUACUUCUGAUUUGCAAUUUUGGGGGACAAAUUGUUCAAAACAAGAAUGAUGGUAACACUCUGUAUGAGGGUGGAGAUGCUAGAGCGACAAUGGUUGCUCGUGAUACAAGUUUCACCGAGCUCCAAUCGAAAUUGGCCGAGAUUUCUAAGCUCAGGGCCGCAUCAUUUUCUAUUAAGUAUCAAGCCAUUGAUUCACAUGCUUUAAUAUCAGUCUAUGAUGACAAUGAUGUUGAAACCAUGCUCUAUCAGUUUGGUGAUAGCCGGUCAAUUCCAAUGUACAUCUCUAGGACUCAAGCCACAGAAGAUACUGUGAACACCAAUAGGGUUGAAGAGAGGUUGGUUGAUGAAGAUGGUGGUGGUGGAACCGGAGAUAUUGAAAAUCCACAAAGAUCUGCACAAGGAAUGCCUUGUACUGGGGAUAUUGAAAACCCUGAAAGCUCGACACCAAGAGUGUCUUGUUUUGGGGAUAUUGAGAAUCGGCAAACAUUGGCACCAGGAGUGUCUUGUAUCAGGGAAAUUGAAAAUGAAGGAGUGUCUUGUUCUGGGGAACUAGAAACCCCUGGGCUAGUUUUGCGAGAAGCAAUGCCCAAGAUGGCAAUCGGGAAGGAGUUCGAAGAUGUGCGUAGUUUCAGGAGAGCAUUGAUAUCUUUUGCUAUAGCUGAAAACUUCGUCAUAAAAUAUGCAACCAAUGAUCUCAAUCGCGUCACUGCGAAGUGUCAGGCAGAGGGGUGCACAUGGCGCAUCCAUGCAUCUCGUAUCUCAGGUUUUAAAAAAUUUAGGGUUAAAACUAUGAACCCGACUCACACAUGCAGGGGAUGGCUAAAUGGAGCUCAUCCUCAAGCUGGUAGCAAAUGGAUUGCGGAUAGGAUAAAGCAACGCCUUAAAGACAACCCCAAAUACAAGCCGAGAGAAAUAAUCGAUGACAUUCGCCGACAUUACGGUGUUCAAGUAACAUAUUUGCAGGCUUGGCAAGGGAAGGAGUUAGCAAUGGCUGAUAUUCGUGGGUCAUCAGAAGAAGCAUAUCGCAUGCUUCCUUCGUACUGUCAGAAGUUAAUCGAUACGAACCCGGGCACUGUGGCCAAUAUUAAAGUAGAUGAAGGAGAUAAUAGUUUUAAAAGAUUGUUUGUGGCUUUUCAUGCAACAAUAUCCGGGUUUUUACGAGGGUGCCGACCCCUAAUCACUCUUGACGAAUCAUUAUUGAAGACCAAGUACAGGGGGCACUUAUUGGCAGCAGUUGCUAUGGAUGCUGAUGGGGGUAUGUUCCCCAUGGCCUUCAGCGUGUCAGUGUCGGAUGAUAUUGAGAGUUGGGUAUGGUUCUUAACGCUUUUACGAGAGGUCUUGGUUCGUCCUGAAACACCCAAAUUGAUGUUUAUCUCGGAGAAACAAAAGGGGUUGCAAACAGCUUUGGAGACGGUUUUCCCCGAUGCUUUUCAUGCAUUCUCUAUGGGAAGCCUGGCUGAGAACUUCAACGACGACUUAAGGAAUUGCGAGUUGACGAGAUACUUUUGGCUGGUCGCUCGGGCUAAGACUUUGUCAGAGUUUGAAGCUCGAAUGGUGGAACUUGGGGCUGUUUCUGAGGCCGCGACAGCGUGGAUUGAGGGAAUUCCAGCGAAAUUUUGGGCUGCAGCAUACUGUGAAGGGAUGAGAUACAAUCAUUUGACGUCAAAGCUUUUGGAGUCCUUUAACAAAUGGUUAGAUGAUUCACGAGAUCUCCCAAUUAUUAAGUUUGUAGAGAGCUUACGUAUGAAGCUAAUGGAACACUUACAUGAACAACGAGAGCUCUCGAUGCAAUGGACUUCGAAGCUUGUUCCUAGUGCAGAUGAGAAGAUAAAGAGGAGAACGGUCAAAGCUCACCCGUUUAGAAUCUUUCGUUCCAAUGGAACCCAAUUCGAGAUUCUAUCAGAUAAGGUAGAUGAGGUCAAUUUGGAACGUCAAGAGUGCACGUGUCGAAGGUGGCAACUUAGUGGGUUGCCUUGUGCACACGCUAUAGCAGCUAUAAAUGCAAAAGGAGAUCCAAUUUCUGAUUACUGUUCUCCUCAUUUAUAUGUAGAGACAUAUCGUAACACAUUUAUGGAGACCAUACAUCCGGUACCCGAUAGAACUCCAAUGCCUGAGGUUCGAGAUUUCUUAGUAAACCCACCUCGUAUUCGAAGACCGAGUGGGAGACCCAAGAAGAAACGGGUUAAGACAGGAAACAACGAGGUUCGGCCUAUACAUUGCAGGAAAUGUGGGGGCCUAGGGCACAACAGACAAAGAUGCAAGCAGCCUGAAUAAGCACAUGGCAUUUGUGUUUUCUUCAAGCCUAUGUAAAUGAAUGAUCCUUUUAAACGAUAACAGAAAGCAAGGAAGUUUGCCUA